CAGCCCUGUCAGCCUGACUGCUGUGGAGGUCUCAUAUCGAUCCUUUCAUAAUUCUUCUUUUUGUCGUCCAUCACACACCGGAGCUCACUCAUUUCCACCUCUGAGACACUUGUUAGCAACACAUCGACACGUGAUUUGGACAUCCAGAAAGCUUUCGGUGUUUUUUUUUUUAAUUUUUUAAUUUUUAUUUUUUUUUGUAUCACACUCUCUCUUUUUUCAUUUUUUAAAUUUAGAUUUUUUUUUUAUUUUUUAUUUUUUUAAAUGUUACAAUGUCGUCUUUGCCAGGAACUGUACCGCGGAUGAUGCGCCCGGCUCCCGGACAGAACUACCCCCGGACUGGAUUCCCUCUGGAAGGUAGGCUUCAGCGGAGAAGCAGCUGGGGGCCGGACUACCCUGUGUCGUCCACAGUGUCCACUCCUCUGGGCCAGGGACGGGUCAACCAGCUCGGAGGUGUCUUCAUUAACGGCCGGCCGCUGCCCAACCACAUCCGACACAAGAUAGUGGAGAUGGCCCACCACGGGAUCCGGCCCUGCGUCAUCUCCCGCCAGCUGCGGGUCUCCCACGGCUGCGUCUCCAAGAUCCUCUGCCGCUACCAGGAGACCGGCUCCAUCCGGCCCGGAGCGAUAGGAGGCAGCAAGCCCAGGCAGGUAGCCACGCCGGACGUGGAGAAGCGGAUCGAGGAGUACAAGCGGGACAACCCCGGUAUGUUCAGCUGGGAGAUCCGGGAUAAGCUGCUGAAGGACGGCGUGUGUGACAGAAGCACAGUCCCUUCAGGUGAGGCCUCCUCUGUGAGUUCGAUUAGCCGUGUACUUCGAGCUCGGUUUGGAAAAAAGGACGAUGAGGAAGAGUGUGAUAAAAAGGAUGAAGACGGAGAGAAGAAAACCAAACACAGCAUCGACGGCAUCCUCGGCGACAAAGGCAGUCGGAUGGAUGAAGUGUCAGAUGUGGAGUCAGAGCCUGACCUCCCCCUCAAGAGGAAGCAGCGCAGGAGUCGGACCACAUUCACAGCAGAGCAGCUGGAGGAACUGGAGAAGGCUUUUGAAAGAACCCACUACCCCGACAUCUACACAAGAGAAGAGCUGGCCCAGAGGACCAAACUCACUGAGGCCAGGGUCCAGGUGUGGUUCAGCAAUCGAAGGGCCAGAUGGCGGAAACAAGCAGGAGCCAAUCAGCUAGCAGCAUUUAACCACCUGUUGCCGGGUGGAUUUCCUCCCACAGGGAUGCCAACACUUCCUACAUACCAGCUGCCAGAUUCCAGCUACCCAACAAACACUCUGCCCCAAGACGGUAGUGGUACAGUUCAUCGUCCCCAGCCAUUACCUCCAUCCACCAUGCACCAGAGCGGUCUCUCCAGCACAGACAGCAGCUCUGCCUAUGGUAUCGCCUCCAACCGCCAUGGCUUCUCCAGCUACUCCGACACCUUUAUGAGCUCUUCAGCACCGAGCAACCAUGUCAACCCUGUCAGCAAUGGACUCUCCCCACAGGUGAUGAGCAUUCUGAGUAACCCCAGCGGUGUUUCUUCACAGCCACAACACGACUUCUCCAUAUCACCACUCCACAGUGCCCUGGACUCCUCUCCAUCCAAUGCCAUCUCAGCUAGCUGCAGCCAGCGUUCAGCUGAGUCCUCCAUUAAGACGGUGGACAGCCUUCCGUCAUCGCAAUCCUACUGCCCCCCUACAUACAGCACCACCAGCUACAGCAUGGAUCCCACUGUGGCUGCCGCCGGUUACCAGUACAGUCAGUAUGGCCAGACUGCUGUGGAUUAUCUGGCAAAGAACGUUAGCCUGUCCAGUCAGCGCAGGAUGAAGCUGGCUGACCACUCGGCUGUACUGGGACUGCUGCAGGUUGAGACUGGCCAGGCCUACUAGUACUGACCUAACAUAUUUAAACAACAUGACACCUGGUCACCAGCACAACCCCCACCUCCUGCAACGAUCUCCCAGAGAAUGUGUGUGUGUCUGUGACAUAGUUUGAGUAUACGUCGGGGUGAUAUUUAGAUUUUUCAUUCUUUAUGUUCCUUUUCUCCAGGGUUUAAGAAUGAUGCAUCUGUCUAAGCUUCAAACAUUCCCCAUUGGACUAAUGAAUCCACAGCAAGCAUUUCCAGUUAGCAAUGUGGUUAAGUGUUUCUUUUACAUUUGGCGUUAUUUAAUAUUGCACUGUACACUGCAUUAGUUUGUCUACCAUGUUAACCCUUGUCCAAUCAAUUACAGUGAGUGUAACCUGUGACCUGCUAUCUUAAAUAUAUUUAACAAUACCAGGGCAAGAUGCUUCUUAUGAAGUGAUAACAUCAUGUCCUCACUACAGCAGAAAUCUCAAAAUGCUGUCGGCAUGUGACAAUGACAUACACAUGAUUUCAGGCUAAUGUCAAAUUUCUGUCUGUGGGUCAACAAACAACACAGUUAUGCAUUGAAGACAUCCUUUAUUGUUGCUUCAACACUUAAACAUUCUUAGUGAAACUGUAACAUGUCUAAAAUAGCAAUAACAUUAUCCCCAGAGUAUGAAGAAUGAUGUUUUGUCAUAGACAUCUAUAUGCUGUGUUACACUGAUGUCUACUGAAGUUAGCAUGCUAACCAGCUAGCCCCAGCCCAUUUGUACUACCACUAUGAACCCCAGGAGGUAAUAGCCUUCAUAGUUUCAGUGGGGAGAUGAUAUCUGUAAUUUCACAAGCUCUCUUAGCUUUUAAUGUGGUAAGGAAAUAUCAUUUCACAAAAUAUCAAGAAAUUAAAUACUUUGGUCUAAAUAAAUCCUCAAUUUACUGAGCAAGAUGUGAAAAUUUUCCAGCACCACACACUUGUGCUUUAUGUCUAACUCUCUGUCAUUCCUAUCAUAUUCAUGCCUGUCCCAUCCCCACCUAGUGUGUCUUCUCAUCCCAGUCAUAGUCCUGGUCAGAGCUGCUGGAAAUAACCUGUGUACUGUAUCCUCUGUUUUCAAACUGACCUCUGUCCAUCACAGAAUCUGUCUUCAAUCCCAGUCUGGUUCUCUAAGGCUGCUAAACCGGUUGAGCUGACCCCUGUUGCCCAUGGUGACUCUCCCCUUGACCCCGGCUCUUGUUGAAGGCAAACUCUGGGGCAGAUAUGUAAAGAUGUAAUAAUGGAUAUAAUGUUAUCUAAUGAUUCUAUUUUACACAAGACUGCAUUGCCUUUAAUGUUGUGAUUUGACUUUAGAUGCAAUUGUUCACAUUGAAAAGACCUCACGUUCAGACAAAGCACACCUUAGGUAAACACAACUCAGUUACUCAGCCAAGUCACCUUGCAUAUUUUUCUCGUUGUGUUGUUCUACAGCUGCAUGUGAUUUGAUUGAACUUCAUGGAAAUUCAAAUGUGUAGUACUUCUGACAAAAUACAUCACAAUCCAGUUGGCAGAAUAAAUGUCUGCAAUGUUCAUUUUUGUAAACCAUGGAUUUGUCUAAACUUCACAUUUCUUUACAAUGCAAAUUUAAAUUUCUUUAGGUUAAAUUAUGUGUUGUGAUAAUUUGAGCCCAACUAAUAACAAGAUUGAUAUUAGUUACAUCGGUUGACAAGUUCUUUUACUGAUCACAUUAUCAAACUCUUCUGACAAAGAUAUCUAACAGAGGCAAGAAUUUUUAAAGCUUAAAAAUAAAAUGUAUGGUUUGGUGGUUGCUAGGAUAAGCAACACUGGCAACUUUCUCUACUGGCUGCAUGCCUCUGUGACUGUUCACACAUUUCAAACUCAAUUCACAUAAAACAGAGCCAACACAACACACUUUUAUAACCCAAAAAUGGCACUGCUGUUAACAUAGUUACACCACAACCUCUUACAUAGGCAACUGUGACCAGUAUAAGAAUAGUACAGAAUUGAAGUCCUAUAACAGGUCAUGGUGAACACCCUGCAAACAGGUUUUGGUGAAUUGUGUCCUUUUGUCCAUAUCAGUGCACUGAAAUAGUUAACUUUACAGGGAAUUUAUUUAUUAUGAAUCUCACCAAGCAUCCUUUUCUGCAUUGUAAUCUCAUUAAAAAAGCUUAUCAUAUAUCUGCCAUACAAUGUGUCAGUCAGAGUCAGUGAUAAUGCUGUGCUUAUGAUUUGGGGUUAGGAAAAGAUUAUAUUUGGCUUAAAAUACCUCUUUUGAGAUUUUUUGACUUGUCUGGUUAUAUAAAUAUAUGGCUUUGUCGGCACAAAUACAGCUGGAAUUCCACAGUCUCCUUAAAGAUAGCCAUCGUUUUAAGCCUACAAGUGUUAAAAGGCAGUCUUGAACUGUGGUCACAGUUUCACAUCUUUCUUUUCAUUUCUGUAACUGUAACCUUCCCUUCCACCUCAGGAUUUGAAAGUCAGGUCAUAAGCAUGUAAUGUGAAAGUGACAUAUCAAUAUUGUACAUAGCCUAUGAUACUUAACUGAAUAUAUCCGUGGUUUGCAUAAAUGUUAACUUCCAAACAUUUUAUCCUGCAACUGGGCUUUACAGUUCAUAGUUGGAGGUCAAAGAAGCUCCUGACCGGGCAGCUGACAUCCAGUGUAAUGGCCAUUCCCCUCUUGGUAGGAACCAAACAUUUCGCCAGGCAGCUGCUUACUAAUCAUUACAAUGUAUUGUUUAAUUUCUUUCCUGUUGCCUUUAGUAGUGUACUCCUUUAAUAAUAUAUGGAAAACAAUUUAUUACCAUGACAAACCCACAACACUAUACAUGAUGAUCAUAAUAAUUUUGUCAUUUUAAUUGGCCUAGAUUACAGCGUUUAGUUUUACAGUGGAUAACACUUUAUAUUAAGGUCCUUGUAAUAAGCAUUAGGUAAUAAGACCCUUAUAAGUCCUUAUACAUGUAAGAUGCUUAUGAACAGAUUAUUUAGAUAUAUCAGAAAUUACUAUAACAAAGUUCUUAACACUUCAUAGACUGAUUAAAAACCUUGAAUGUGGUGUACAGUGGUAAACAUGUUUAUAACCAUCCUAUAAGGACUAAUGAGGGUGUUAUCACCUAUUAAAUAAUGCUUAUUAUGCAUUAUUACGUUCUUCAUACUCGCUAAAUGCACUCGAUGAGGAAAUAUUUUGCUAUGUGGAUUACUUUUCAAUUCAACGGAAUGCUCAUACUAAGCAUAAUUGUAAAAUGUGCUUGUGUGUUUUCAUGUCAUAAUCUGCAUAUGACAACAUGUUUUGGUUGAGGAUGGUUACAGGUCAACCACAUUUUGCUAUGGUGCCUAUGUGUUUGAUCUUAAAGUUUACUCACAGCUCACUGUUGAUGUAUAGUGUAUCAGUAAAUUAAGAUACUGUAAAUGAUCAAAUAAUGGACUUUACUUACCUCAACUGCAGAGAGAACCUGGCCUUCAUUUGACACAGAAUUAUAUUAGAGACAGAUUGUAAUUUCCUUUAGGUAUGUUUCAUCAUCUUUUAGUUAAAGAACAGCCCUGUCUUCUGAUCUGUCCUUUCUUAGUUUGCUGUUCAUGCAAACUCAACACUGAACAGCAUUAAUAAUUGAAAAAGCUCAAUAGUUUUUUUAAUUGGCCAUUAUUUGAAUACUGGCUUUCAUUUGAGAAUUUAAGGUAUAUCAAAUUCUGGUGUAUCUGAUAUUACUGUGCUGUUACUGUUCUCAGCACAUCAUGAUUAAUGUUUUUCAUGGACCAUCAAUGCAACAGACCAAUCAUGCUGUUAUGAUUUUUGUGAGCUGUGGCUCAAACUGCCGUGAGUUGGAGUGAGCUAGAAACAUGAAACUUAGCACAAUAACUGGAAAUGGUAGUUAUUUGCAGUUAUUCACAAUAUUAAGCACAUUUUUCAAAGGAUAACUAACCCCCCGUGCAUAUUUUUCCAGUAUUUUUUGCAUUCCACAGUACUCAAAACUUGGAAAGAAACAAUAAGUGCAAUGGAAUGGUCACCCAAGUCAUAAUUCCAUGUCAGAAACUCUGGGAGGAUUCACCAAAUAUGACUCCACCAACAUAACCUCACAUGACAUCGCUGCAGAAUGGCAGUUUACAGUGUAAACAAUUUAUUUUUCAUACUUUUUACUUGCAUAGUAUUUGUGUUGUGAAACGUGCUGUAACAACAAAUUUGUAGUUUCUAUUUUCAUUUCCAAUUCAAUUGUUUUAUGCUUCAUAUAAGUAUUUGUUUCUGUUAAAUCGGCUGUUUUAGUUGUUUUUAAAGUUAACAGAGUUGCUUUAGAGUGUCAAAGUCACCCCUCUUCUGAAGGACCCCAUGGGAUCUUAUUUUCAGAAAAAAUAUGUAUGGUAGUGAAUGGAGAAACAAGAGAGAUCUCAUUUGAGUUAUGCCACGAGGUAAAUAUGUUUGUCAAUUUAAAAGAUAAUUUUCCAAGUCACGAACGUCACAGUCUAUCUUAAAUAAAGUAAAAUAUCAUCUGCUUUUGUGUAAAACUGUUUAGUGAACUACAUCAACAACAACAACAUGGGUGCCACCUCAGCACAGAAUAGGUACUAAAAAAGACAAAAAUCCCAAGACAUCUGGCCAUAUUGACAAUUGCAGUUCUGUGAAACAAGAAUCUGGCAGUUCUGUGAGCUGCUAAUUUGAAGAACCAACUCAAAAAUGUCUAAGUUAUGGGUUUUGGUGACCACUCAAUGAGACUUAAGACACUGUUGUUGGGUAUGUAGUUAUAAUUAUUUAUUUUCAGUGUAAUAUUUCUCCCUUAUAAGAUGAUUAAUUACUUAUCUAGAUACACAGGCUACACUCCAAUUUUGGAACGAUUUGAUUCAAUCCGGGUCAGGGAUGAUAAAAUUCAAUUUGAUACAAUUAUUUUUUUCAUGUAGUCAUUCAUUUUCUAUUAUAAAUUAGAAUAAGCCAACUCUAUAAAAGUGGCAUUGCUUACAUUCAAACAGAUAUGUCAGACCAGUGAAGACCAUAUAUGUUAUUACUAUUGUGUAGCUCAUUAUCGUGAUCUGCUUAUACCUCAAUGUAUAAAAAACACAUCUGUUGUCUCAUCCUUAUGGAUCUGAGGAACAACUAUCCUGUUGUCUGGAUCUCACUGAGCAGGGUCUCUCUGAACUGGAUCCGUCUGCAUUGGACCUCCUGAACUGGAUGUCCCUGACUGUUUGUAUUCUCUGGUUCCUAAUAAUUGGUGUAUAAAAUCACACCUAUGAUUAACAGUAAGACAAAUGUUUACUACUGAUAACAAACUCAAAAAUUUUGUUAACUUGACAGUGUGCACUGUCAGCAAUAAUUCACUAGACAAGGACAGUGUGCAGUACUAUCAGCAGUCAUAGAAUACAGCAAAUGAUAGCAAUCAAAAGUAGACAGGUUCUAAGUCCUUAGCAAUAAAACAGGCAACAGAUGCGUCGAGUUGUGGUCGGAAAAGUGUUUAACCUCGUCUUUUGUGUUCCUGCUAGCGCUAGCUUUACUAGCAUCCUCGUCACUUGCACAGGUUUCACCAUGCUGUUUUACCAGAUUAACGCUAAAAUACAAGCUACCACUUACAAAUGGCCUGCUUUUGGUCUAACUUUAUGUCAAAUCUGUGAAAUCCAAAUCUCUUCCAGGCUUUUUUUAUUUUAGAGUUGAUGCUGCAUUGUAAAUCUUGUUGGUGUUGUUGGACAUGAUGCUUUUGCUACAGUUCUGUUUCGCAUCUUGUGACAAAUUUUGCACUGACCUUGGAACUUUAACGAGACUUAGAUGAUGCUGUUAGGAUGUAGCAGCAUUCACUCAACAGGUUGAGGGUACAUUUUAGAUCAAUCCAGAGGUCUGGAUGUCGUUACAGUCUCUUGAACUUUAAAACUGAUUUCUGAUUCAUAUCGGUUAAUUUCUACACCCCUAUUCACUACCAUAUGUAUUUUUUCAGAAUUAACAUCUGGAGAAAAAACAGAAGGGGCAUGAUUCACAAUGGAUAGCGGUAAUUUUCCCUGACUCGUUAUGACAUAGCUGUGGCACUACAAAAUUGUGAUUGGUUAGAUUCAGUGAUGGUCCUGGAGCAGCAGGAAUGAUGAGCUCUCCACAGCAUCUACUGCACUGCUCAGAGGAAGGAACAACAAUGCUACAAAGUGUGUUCUGUUAUUUGUUGGAAACCACUGAAGGGUUAAUGGGUUGGAGGAUAAACAGAAAUGGAAUACAGAAUCUCUCCCUCGUCACAUCAUUCCAAAAAGCACUUGAACAAUUAAAAUAUGCUCCUGCAUUAUUAAAGUUUAUUUUUUUUCACUCUAUGUUCUGUAUUUUGAAGACAUUCCAGAGAGAAGCUCAGUAUUUUAUACUUGGCUUACGAGACCAUCCUGAGAUGAUUCCAUGAAAUGAAGCAGAACUGGGUUAAUUUCUUUCCUACUAGAUGCCAGCAUCACUGUACCUAUCGUAAGGGAUAUAAUCACCGCCCACUACAGAGAAUUUUAUAUCUCUGCACCUCCACAAGAGCCAUGGACAAUAAUAGAUGCUGGCUGUAUUAAACUCUUGUGUAUAUAUAUAUUUUUCAGUGACAAUAAAUCCAAGGAGAGCAUUAGGGAUCAAAUGUACAAAUAUGCUCAUUCAGCCACAACCCUUCUGUUUACCUCCUGGUCCUGCUUGUUUUGUUUUUGCUUUCUUUUUGGCAUGUGUGUAUGUCCCCAUAAGAAUAAUUUAUUCUACCUGUAGGAAGUAUUAGACUAGUGAGAAAUUUGUAUUGGCAUUUACUCCCCUCAGCCUCUUGUUGUGUCAACUGUAAAAAAAAAAAAACUGGCGUAACUGUUCAUUAAAGCUCUACAACUGGACCAAGACCACAGACUUUUGCUGGCUUCCUGCUCUUCAUGAACAAACACUGAAGAUGUUGGUGUGUGUAAGCAAUAAAAUGGAAGAGGAAAAUUCAGUUCAGCAUGUUAGAGAUCUUAAACUGAGAUAUAAAGCACAAUACAUUCUUUUUUUUUUUUUUUUUUUUACAUCACGUUAUUCAAGACAAGAGUUCUGAAAUGAUGGAUAGAAGACAGAUGUUAAUCAUUAUCAUUUGGCCCUAGUAAUGACACGGGUAAAACUACAGGUAAAAAGAGUGUUUAUAGGUAACAAAAAAAAAAGUAUUCAUUCAUUCUAUUGCUGCGCUAGUUGUUGAUAAUAAAGUAAAUUAGUUUAUGUAAAGUAAAAACAAGAUGCAGAGUCUUAAACAAGCUUAGUUUAAGUGGUAGUUCUACAAACCACUUCUAAAAUAAAAAAAAUCGGUUAAAAAAGUGUUCUCUGACCUGAGGACACGGACAUGACAGGAGGAUUUUGUUCACACUUGAGAAAUACAAACAGGGAAUGU